GCCAUAGACAGGCCUCUCUGAGAGAAAUGAUACCAACCUCCCGCAUACAAGACCAGGUGGAGAAAACAACAGAGAAUGGAGAAAAUUAGAGCUGUAACCUGGAACGUGCGGGGCCUCUGGGAUACCAAUGGGAGAAUGAAACGGAGAAGGCUGAAGUCGUGGCUGCAUGAGUGGAAGGUUAACUGCGUGUUUCUGCAGGAAUCCAAGUUAAAUGAGACCAAACUGAAAGAAUUUGAGAUGUGGUGGGACGGACCACAAGUGUGGUCCCCAGCUCAGGGGUCUAGAGGGGGAGUAGGUUUUCUGCUCCACCGGGAUCUGCAGGCACACAUGAUUGACACAAAGGCAGACAUCUGGGGGAAAUGGGCGUGGAUGAAGGUAGAGAUUGGAGGGGAGGCUUGGGUACUUAUGACGGUCUACGCUCCAACGGUAGUCAGCGAGAGAGUUAAGUUCAUAGCCAGACUGAUGAUGCAUGUACCGAAAACGGACAGGCUGUUGUUAGCAGGAGACUGGAAUGUGUCCUUGGACGAGGCACUCCGACCAAACUCAAGGACAGCGGAACGCAACGAUGUUAAGACGCUGAUGGAAUUCUGCACAGAGCUUUCAUUGACUGAUCCAUUCCUGAUACUCAACCCGGAAGAACCGGGCUAUUCCUGGUUCUCAAAUCUGCACAGGGACAGACAGACAAUCACGAGGAGACGUCUGGACUUCUAUCUUCUCAGCGAACAAGUGAUGGAGAACAUUAUCAUGACCAAGGAGGUAAGCCACCCGAUGUCUGACCACAAACCAGUGGUGUUAGACAUACGAAUAAGGAUUGGAAUUGAGAGGGGGAGGGGCUUCUUCCGAUUGAACAGUCAGGUUCUCGAAGCACCAGGGAUUAUGGAAUGGGUGGAAAAUCACAUGAAAGGGUGGAAAGAGGCUAGACAGCACUUCGAGUCAAGCGCAGAGUGGCUAGACGGAGGCCUGGCAAUCACGUCUGGGGUUCUUGAUAAGCAAAUGAUAGAAUUGAGACACCCGUUUGAUGAUUCAGCCCCCACGGCCUGCACGGCGGUAGGGAUGUUGAGGUACGCGAAUCUGUACUACGAGGAUAUUCUCAGGACUAGAAGACCGAACGAAGAUGUUAACACAUACCUGUCUCAGCAAUCAGAUAUGUGGGAGGACACCAAGGUACGGUUAGGCACAGUAGCGAAGCUGGAUAUGGACAGACCAGUUACCCUGAAGGAACUCACCCAAACGCUGAAGUCUAUGGUGCGAGGGAAGUCCCCGGGGGUCGACGGCCUUACCGUAGAGUUUUACUCCGCGAACUGGGGUGUAAUCGGGCCUCUACUAGUGGAAUUGUACAACGAAGGGUUGAUAGGAGGGAGACUGGGAAAAGGGAUGACUCACGGGGUGAUCACGGUGCUGUUCAAAAAAGGGGAUAAGUAUGAGGUCAGAAAUUGGCGUCCAAUUUCUUUAUUGAAUGUGUCCUACAAGAUCCUCGCAAAGAUGUUGGCACGCAGAUUGUCCAAGCACCUUCCACAACUGGUGGAAAGGGACCAAGGGGCGUUUGUGCAAGGGCGGUCAAUAUUUAACAAUAUUGUGACUGCUAUCAAAACACUGGAGAUUGUACAGUCCGAGGGCCUGGACACGGCGGUCUUGCUGUUGGACCUGGAGAAAGCAUACGACAAGGUCAGUUGGACUUUUGUCCUCACCACCUUGAAGAAGAUGGGGUUCGGCACAGGGUUUUGCUCAUGGAUGAAGGUAAUGUACAUGAGAUCCUCCUCCGCGGUGAUGAUCAACGGGCACCUCUCAAAACCGUUCCAGCUAUCUCGCUCGCUGAGACAAGGAUGCCCCCUUGCCCCAUUGGUCUUCGUGCUACAGAUGGAGGUACUGCUCAACAGAGUUCGGCGUAAUCCAGACAUCAGGGGAUUAUCACUGCACAAUGGAGAGAAGUGCAAAGUUAAAGCGUUGGCGGACGACCUGUUUGCAGUAAGUGACAACACACCCAGUUCCCUGCUGGCGCUGAAGGGCAUCCUAAGGGAGUACUCCACCCUCUCUGAGGCUUCGGUGUCUACCUAUUUUUUGCCAGAUCAGUUUUCACUCAGCGUAGAAUGGGGGAUGAGAAGAGUGGAAAGGGGAGAGGAGGAAAGGUUCCUCGGGGUGCUGAUCAGCCUCCAAGUGGAGUCAUCAACAGAAGGGCUAGUCCUGCAGCAGCGUAUCGCGACAAGGCUCAAUAUGUGGGGAAGCGCCUGGCACCUGUCGCUGAUAGGGAGGGCCCUGGUUGCUAAUAUUGCAUUGUUUUCUAUACUGUGGUUUGUGUCCACAGUAAAGGAAUUAGUUGUGGGAGUGUUAAAAGCGAUUAGACGUCUGGUGGCCAGGUUCCUUUGGAAACCACGGGCGAAAUCCACAGAGGGUUUCAUUUCGAAGGUGGCACUGGACACACUAACCUUCCCAAGAGAGAAGGGAGGACUGGGACUGGUAGACCCAAUCAAGAAGAACCAGGCACAGCUAUGGGGCUGGCUGGCCAAAGCAGCAAAUUGUAGUACCAGGGAACAAUGGAUGACGCUGGCAGAAAGGAUCCUGAUGAAGGAAUGGGGACUCAGCAGGCCAAAGGAUGUGUGGACCUGCUUUCUAAUGCCCUCAUUCCGGGAGAAGAGGCUCAAGUCGGUGUUUUGGGAAGCAGUCCGCAAGGCGUGGAAGCAACACCCUCCGGAUGUUCAGAUCCCGCCCGCUACAAGGGAUGAGGUUUUGAACCAGCUGGUGCUCGACAAUGCAGAGAUUCAGGACAGUUCCGAAACAUGCUGGUAGCUGAUGGCUCUCCAGGAUCCUUUGGGCAAGCGUGGGUCAAGAAGGGUAUAGUCAAGAUUGAAGACCUGUGGUCAACAAGCAUGGGGAGCUGGAGGCCUCUAGGUGAGAUAAAGAGAACCUUGAGAG